AUGAUUUUUUUGAUCCUAAAUUUAUCAUUUGUAUAUGUGUAUUCUUACAUUACUUAUGAUUCUGGAACAUAUACAACUCUUAAUUACUACACAUGGUCAAGCUUUGUUUGCAAGAAUGGAUAUACAACAACGAAAACAAUUUCAUUUUCUGGAACAUUUGAAAAAGCACCUUAAGUUUUUGUUAUUUUAGAAUAUUUUGAUUAACUUAAUAAUGAUGUAGAAUUUGGUUUUGAAAUUAGUACAAUUACAACAACAAGUAAUAAAAAUUUUAAAAAUUUCAAAGAUUUUAAUAUAAUUGUGACAUGUAGAGGGAGUCGAUAAGCUUAUCACGUAGAAUUCAAUUGGUACGCUUUAAAUGAUUAGCGUGUUUAAGUGUUUAAUUCAUUUAAUAUGAAUACAAUAGUAAGCAAAUAAUUUAAUCAUUAAAACCCAAAUACAGAAUUUGCUAUCAUAAGUCUGACAAGUCUCUAUUAUGGAGCAGGAGCAAUAGAUUUUUCAUUAUAUGUAAGAUUUUGCUCUUUAAGAAUAGGUUUCAGAAUUUACAACAACAGCUAUUACAGUUAGCAUCACAUAAGAUGCUUCAAAAGCAGCUAAUUUAAAAUAAAUAGGAUAUCAAUUAAUCUUAGCUCCAAAUGAUGCAAUAAUUGAUUUAGGUUUACGUACUAUAACCCUAGCCUACACAAGUCCAGACAUUAAUAAAGUUACAAACAAAUGGUUUAUGCUUCCAAUGAUUGGAUUUAAUUAUCUUAAUACAAUGAUGAUUGUUUAAAAGAAAACUUAUAAUACAGCACCUUUAACUACAUUAACUUACUCUUUUUCAACUUGUAAUCAAAUACUUUAACUUAGGGUCUGCUAAUCCUGCAUAAUUUGUUGGUGUAAAAUAUAAAGAAGUUUGGUUAUCAUAUAUAUUUACAACCCAGUACAAAGCAUUAUAAUGCUCUUUUGUAAGAAUUAGCUAGAAGUUUGAUUUAAAUUAACCAAAUAUACCCUCAGUAUAUAUGGAAAUACCAUCUGUUAAUAUGGUUUAUUCCACACAUGGAGAUUUCUAGCUAAUUAUUGAUAAAACAAUCUCACCUGUUUUAAUUGUUGUUUAAAUGAAAUGUAUAAAUGCAAAAAAAGUAGUGGGUUAAUUUAAUAAAUGCAAUGAUUGCCCAACUUCUUAAAAGUAAUAUAAUUUACCACGUUAUUGCAUUUCUUAGGUUAAUUAAAUCAGUUUUUACUUAAGAUUUACUCCUAAUCCAGUUUCACAUCAAAUAUUAGCUAUAAAUAUUGCAGAUACAAGUUGUUAAAUCACUUAAAUANAUAUACAACAACGAAAACAAUUUCAUUUUCUGGAACAUUUGAAAAAGCACCUUAAGUUUUUGUUAUUUUAGAAUAUUUUGAUUAACUUAAUAAUGAUGUAGAAUUUGGUUUUGAAAUUAGUACAAUUACAACAACAAGUAAUAAAAAUUUUAAAAAUUUCAAAGAUUUUAAUAUAAUUGUGACAUGUAGAGGGAGUCGAUAAGCUUAUCACGUAGAAUUCAAUUGGUACGCUUUAAAUGAUUAGCGUGUUUAAGUGUUUAAUUCAUUUAAUAUGAAUACAAUAGUAAGCAAAUAAUUUAAUCAUUAAAACCCAAAUACAGAAUUUGCUAUCAUAAGUCUGACAAGUCUCUAUUAUGGAGCAGGAGCAAUAGAUUUUUCAUUAUAUGUAAGAUUUUGCUCUUUAAGAAUAGGUUUCAGAAUUUACAACAACAGCUAUUACAGUUAGCAUCACAUAAGAUGCUUCAAAAGCAGCUAAUUUAAAAUAAAUAGGAUAUCAAUUAAUCUUAGCUCCAAAUGAUGCAAUAAUUGAUUUAGGUUUACGUACUAUAACCCUAGCCUACACAAGUCCAGACAUUAAUAAAGUUACAAACAAAUGGUUUAUGCUUCCAAUGAUUGGAUUUAAUUAUCUUAAUACAAUGAUGAUUGUUUAAAAGAAAACUUAUAAUACAGCACCUUUAACUACAUUAACUUACUCUUUUUCAACUUGUAAUCAAAUACUUUAACUUAGGGUCUGCUAAUCCUGCAUAAUUUGUUGGUGUAAAAUAUAAAGAAGUUUGGUUAUCAUAUAUAUUUACAACCCAGUACAAAGCAUUAUAAUGCUCUUUUGUAAGAAUUAGCUAGAAGUUUGAUUUAAAUUAACCAAAUAUACCCUCAGUAUAUAUGGAAAUACCAUCUGUUAAUAUGGUUUAUUCCACACAUGGAGAUUUCUAGCUAAUUAUUGAUAAAACAAUCUCACCUGUUUUAAUUGUUGUUUAAAUGAAAUGUAUAAAUGCAAAAAAAGUAGUGGGUUAAUUUAAUAAAUGCAAUGAUUGCCCAACUUCUUAAAAGUAAUAUAAUUUACCACGUUAUUGCAUUUCUUAGGUUAAUUAAAUCAGUUUUUACUUAAGAUUUACUCCUAAUCCAGUUUCACAUCAAAUAUUAGCUAUAAAUAUUGCAGAUACAAGUUGUUAAAUCACUUAAAUAUUAUAUAAUUAAGUUAAAACUGAAUAAAUUAUUCUUAAAGUAUAACUUUUAGAUGUUUGA